GUUGUAGAAGAGCGAAAUGACGCUAAGUUACAACUUUCUGGAGAACAGAAUGCCAGAGUAUUACAAGAUGGAAUUCUAAAGAAUCAGCUUUGCAAACAAACGGAGAUGGAAGUGGCUAAUAACAGAAUGAAUUCUGGGAUUUCUAAUAGUCAUGAAAAAGAAGAAGAUCUGUUGCCUAAAACCCACAUGUGGCAGGAUGAAAUUGCCAUGCUAAGACUGGAUCGAGACACAAUAAACAAUAAGAACCAGGACAUGGAAAAGAAAUAUUGUGAAGGCAUUGAAAUUAGAAAAGAAAAGAAUGUCAGUCUUCAAGAGAUCAUAAAACUGAAGGUGGAAACAUUAACAAAAACAGUAUUAGAAUAUAGUGGACAGAUUAAUGCUCUGACCACUGAGAAUACAAUGCUAAAGUCUAAACUGGAGAAUGAAAAGCAAAACGAAGACAGACUGGACAGAAAAGUUGAAUCUUACCGAGCUAGACUAGCUACUGCUAUAGAGGAUUAUGAUCAAAGUCAGGCAUCAAAAAGAGACCUAGAACUUGCUUUCCAGAGAGCAGAAGAUGAAUGGUUUCGUCUGCAGGACAAACUGAAGUUUGAUGUGUCUAACCUAAAAGAAAACAAUGAGCUUCUUUCUCAAAACCUUUCUAAAGCUGAAAGUAAAUUCAAUACUCUAGAAAUUGAGCUCCAUCACACAAGAGAUGCUCUCAGGGAAAAGACUUUGGCUUUAGAAUGUGUACAAAGAGACCUAAGUCAAACACAGUGUCAGAAAAAGGAAAUGAAACACAUGUAUCAAAAUGAACGCGGAAAGCAGGAAUCCUUAGAGGAGAGAUUAUCUCAACUACAAAGUGAAAAUAUGUUGCUUCAACAGCAACUAGACGAUGCUCACAACAAAGCUGCCAGUAAAGAAAAUGUCGUAAUUAAUAUCCAAGACCAGUUUCAGGAUAUCAUAAAAAAACUUCAAGCUGAAAGUGAAAAACAAGGUCUUUGGCUGGAAGAAAGAAAGAAAGAGUUAAUCAAUGAAU